ACUUUCAACCUCAGUCACAUUCAGACCCGAGCCGCCUCGAGUCACUCCGCAUUUACGCAACCGAACCUGAGCCUCAUACUCCGGAACAUUCUCACGGACAGCACCAUGGACUCUCGACUGUUUUUGUCUGUUUUGGUGUUGGUGCUUUACGUCGAUCUGAGCUUCUGCAAAAACUCGGCUCCCAAAGUGCAGAUCUACACUCGAGAUCCUGGACACUACGACAAACCCAACAUCCUGAUCUGCCACGUGAGCGGGUUUUACCCCCCGGAACUCGACCUGAAGCUCCUGAGGAACAACGAGGAAAUCAAAGGCGCCAACCAGACCGACCUGGCCUUCGAGGAGGACUGGUACUACCACCUGACCAAGCACGCCCACUUCCACCCCAAGAAGGGAGACAAGUUCACCUGCGCCGUCACACACCUGGGCAAGACCACCAGACACCACUGGGAACCGGACAUGUAACUCCAGCCGGAGCUCAGACCUGCCUUCAAUGUGAUCGCUGCACUUUGCCUUUGGGGUUUUCUCAAUCAGGAUGAAAUGGAUUUGUAAAUAUGUUGGUGCCUUUUUGGGUUUAAAGUUUGGAUGAUUUUAUUUUUAAUUUUAGACUCAGAAAGCUUUUGCUAUUACUAUGUACUAGAAGAAAUGUGGUGUUUUUGCCUAAAUCUGCUGUUGGAGAAACGAGGGGAGCGAGUGUGUGACCGUGUGCGUCCGAGUUUGCUGAAUUCAGGAAGAAGAAAUUGGAAUUGAGCAAAGUCUUCCUUUUUCUAACUCUGUUUCUCAUCGAAAAAAAAAACACGUCUGAAGAGUUUUUUUUUUUUUUACAAAACAAAAAUGCCGGUAAUGAGAAUCUGGAAGAUCAUUUAAUCCGUGUGUCGUUCGUUCGUUUGUUUUUCAAAAUAAAACCAAAAAUAAGAAAACGACAAAACAACUAUUUUGUCAAAACCAAAAUGAAAAAAAAACAGAUAAUGAUUCAUUUUAUUCAGUUUUCGAUUUUGUGUUUAAAUGAAAAAUGGAAAAAAAACCCAGAUAAAGACGUUUUCUGUUUACGUGACUUAAACUGCGAUGCCGGACUGAACCAGGACUAAACCGUUUUCAGUCCUGAGUCUGGUCCCAGUCUCAGUCCUGGUCCCAGUCUCAGUCCUGGUCCCAGUCUUGGUCUGGUCCCAGUCCUGGUUCAGUCCGGCAUUGCAGUCACGGAAGUCACGUUGUUAUCCUUUUUUUUUUUCCAUUUUUCAUUUAAACACAAAAUCGAAAAAUGAAAAAACGAAUCAUUAUCUGUUUUUUUCAUUUUGAUUUUGGAGACAAAUAAUGACGAAAAUGGCUGUUUUUUUGUUUUCUUAUUUUUGGUUUUAUAAUGAAAAACAAAUGAACGAACGACACGCGGAUUUAAUUUGUUUCAUCAGAUUUUGAAUUUGAAACGCCACAUUUCUCACUUUGAAAUGUUUUAACUGUGUGAAUUUUUUUUUUUUUUUCCGAAUUUCAGCUGAUGAAAUUUUACGUGUACAUUUUCAGUGUUUAAUGUUCAAUAAACAUUCAGCACAAAUAUUUUUCAAGGCCUCAAAUUCAACGGUCGGAAUUCAGCGAGUGAAAAAUGAUCGUUUGCUUCUGCCUCGACGUCUUGGAUUUUUGCCACGAAAUUUUACGCUCUGAAUUUUGAGACUUGAAAGUGUCUGAACUGAAUAUUUAUACUAUAUAUUAAUGUGAAAUUUUUAUUCUCAAUUCAAAACAGAUUGAAAAUGUACAAUGACUCAACUUCAGAAUAGAAAUUCAAACGUGUUUUUUCAGAGUAAAAAAAAAAAAAACGCAAUCUGAGAAAUUCAGCGCGAUUUAAAAUUCAAAAUCUGAUGGGACAAACGAUGUUCCGUAACAGAGCUGCUCAUUUUAGGGGCCGCAAGAAAUUGAGAUGAUUAUAAGUUUGAUGAAGUUGGGCUUCAGAAUUAUACAUUUGCAAAAAUCAUAAACAAAUAGUUCUGAAAUGUGAUUAUUUUAUUACUUUGUUCAGUUCAGAUUUCAAUAUUUUUGUCAUAUUUAAUUUUUUUUAAUUUAUUUUUUUGUUUAAAACGUGAAACUUUGAACAGAAUCCUUUUAUUAAAACGUAAAUACCACUGCGUUAUCCAAACCGACGGAUGCGCUGUUAAAGAAGAAGAAAAAAAAAAAAAAGAGAGAGAGAGACGAUUCAGAUCAGUCAUUUUAAAAACACUGGCACAUAUUAAAGACUGACCCAGAAUUGUCCCUGAUACUUAAAGCUCCACGUCUGUUUACGUAGCGAAGAGGCGGAAAUCUGUGAGACGCUUUUGUACAUUCAGACUUACAUAUAUCCCACGAGGGGACUGAACACUGGACGCACAAACUCUCCGUGCCCCUGUUCUUUAAGGCAGUUCUAGAUGUGGUAGCUGGGUUACACCCUUAUCACCAGAAGGCCCCCUAGUCAGAAAGCCCACUAGUCAGAAAGCCCACUAGUCAGAAAGCCCACUAGUCAGAAAGCCCACUAGUCAGAAAGCUCUCUAGUCAGAAAGCCCACUAGUCAGAAAGCCCACUAGUCAGAAAGCUCUCUAGUCAGAAAGCCCACUAGUCAGAAAGCCCACUAGUCAGAAAGCCCCCUAGUCAGAAAGCCCCCUAGUCAGAAAGCCCACUAGUCAGAAAGCCCCCUAGUCAGAAAGCCCCCUAGUCAGAAAGCCCCCUAGUCAGAAAGCCCACUAGUCAGAAAGCCCACUAGUCAGAAAGCCCCCUAGUCAGAAAGCCCCCUAGUCAGAAAUCCCCCUAGUCAGAAAUCCCCCUAGUCAGAAAGUCCACUAGUCAGAAAGCCCACUAGUCAGAAGGCCCUGUAGUCAGAAAAUCAUUACCUAACCCUCUAACCCUAAUCCUCUAACCCAUGGGUGUCAAACAUAUGGCCCACGGGCCAGAUCCGGCCCUCCAAGACCUUUAAUGUGGCCCUCGGCUGAUUUUCUACUAAAAUAUUUUAAUUAUAUUUUCUAUUAAAAUCUUGUUAAUUUUCUGCAGUGUUUAUCACAGCAGCGUCUCCAGCGUCUCUGUACGUGGCCCCUCCCACCAGAGCAGCACAAAUGAAGACUUGUCUCUUUCCAAACGCUCUUAAAGGACGAUCGUUUUGACUGUUGACCGUGACCCUCAUCAGAAAAAUGUCCAACAUGAGAAAAGUGGAGCCGAGUGCAGGAUUUUACAACAAAAAUGGACUUAUUCCUGUUUACAGACAAGUUCAUGUUCAAACUUUGUGUUGAAAUUGUAUUUUUCUUAAAGUUUCAGGUUGUUCAUAAUAUUAUAAUAUUUUGUAAAAGAAAGAGUUCAUCAAUUAAAAAUGAUUUAUGUAAUAGAUUUGAACGUAUUGCUAUUUUUGGGGUUUAUAUGACAUGAGUUUUCUGAUCCGGCCCCUUUGGGAUCAAAGUAAGUUGGACACGGCCCCCGGACCAAAAUGAGUUUGACACCCCUGAUCUAACCCUAACCUUUACCCUCUAAUCCUCUUCUGAUGAUAAAGGCUGAACAUGGAUUUUUUUCUGACUAGAGGGUCUUCUGAUGAUAAGGCUGACCCCGGUAGCUGCGCUCAGUGCCACAACGCCGCAAAGACGUUAACAAAUAAAAUCACAGGAAAAGCAAACACUUAAACCGGCCUUUUCAAUUGAAGUUUUCUAUUCAUAGUUUUUGUGUCAGAUCAGAAUUAUUUUUUCAGCAUCAGCUUUUUCCAGCAGCACUUGUAUCACCGUCUUUAUAACUUGUGAUUUUUUACUGUUUUAUUUGAAAAUAAAUAUAAACUUCUUGAGCUCUGUAACUAAAUACAAAAAUAUGUCAUGUAUUUCUCUGCAGUAAUGUAAGAAGAAAAAUAAAUCAACAUCACCAUUUA